GCUAGCUCUUUGCUUUCCCUGUAACAUUAACAUUCCCCUUUUUCUUCUCGACUCUGCUACGGUGAAAGCUUCUUGUUUCGCUUCCCAGCACCCAACCUCUACGAAGUCUCUUCAUUAUCACACCAAAAAUAACAAAUAAAAUAAUUAAAAUUGAUUAAAAAAUAAAAAUGGAUUCAGACGAAGAGGAUUACGUGUUCUUCGGCACACCGAUUGAGCGCGAGGAGGAGAUCACCAGCCGUCGGAAGAAAUCUCAAGCCGAGGCCUCUGGUCAUCUCCGAACCCUCGUUCCUUGGAAACAAGAGGUUAGAGAUGAAGAAGGAAGAAGAAGACUUCAUGGGGCGUUUACAGGUGGAUUCUCUGCUGGUUAUUACAAUACAGUGGGCUCAAAAGAGGGUUGGACUCCACAGACAUUUACAUCAUCAAGAAAGAACAGAGCUGAAGUCAAACAGCAGAACAUUCUUAACUUUUUAGAUGAUGAUGAGAGAUCUGAAUUGGAAGGUAAAUCCUUGGGGACAUCUUCGCAGUUCGAUACAUUUGGAUUUACAGCUGCUGAAUUUGCUCGUAAACAAGCUGAGAAGGAGCAGCUGCAGAGGCCAUCAGCAAUUCCUGGACCUGUUCCUGACGAAUUAGUUCUUCCAGCCACAGAGUCUAUUGGUGUAAAAUUGCUGCUGAAGAUGGGUUGGCGACCGGGUCGUUCAAUUAAAGAUUCACAUACGGAUUCUCUAUAUGAUGCACGGAGAGAAGCUAGAAAAGCUCUCUUAGCCUUUUCUUCCGAUGACGCAAAAUCACAUCUUCCUGACUCAGAGCCUGUUGAGAGUCCUCGUGAAAGUUUUCUUGAGCAUCCUGUCAAUGAUGAUAUCCAGUCUUCUCAAAGCACACCUGUGUCUGUGCUUAAUCCAAAGCAGGAUUUGCAUGGUUUGGGAUUCGAUCCUUUUAAAAAUGCUCCUGAAUUCAGAGAAAAGAAGAGAUCACGGUUGUCUGAUAGUAAAGAGCCUGGAUACAGGAAGACAUUGUUGAUAAAAGAUAGUCUUUUUGGUUUUAAGUCAGGAAAAGCUGCUCCUGGUUUUGGCAUUGGUGCACUUGAAGAAUACGAUGCUGAAGAUGAGGAUGUCUACGCCCCUGAUUUCAACUUUGAGGAUACUUAUGUUCAAGAAGAUGAAGAACCGUCUGGACCCAGUAAAGACAGUAGGAAAAAAUUGUUAGGAAGGGAGCAGGGUGUUCUGCCUGGAUUCAUAGUUGCAUCAAAGUCUGACUACCAGUUGGAAAGAUUUGAUCAACCAGUGGUUCCGAAGGAUUUUGUCCCCCACCAUAGAUUUCCUGGGCCUCUUGAGGCUGGAAGCCAACUUCUUGUUCCUCCUCCCCCUGAGGUUCCUCCUCCUGAGGACAAUAAUUUGAAAAUCUUAAUCGAGGGGGUUGCCACUUUAGUAGGCAGAUGUGGCAAAUUGUUUGAGGAUCUUUCCAGAGAGAAGAAUCAGUCAAAUCCGUUGUUUAGUUUUCUUGAUGGAGGAAAGGGUCAUGAUUAUUAUGCAAGGAAGUUGUGGGAGGCGCAACAGAAGCAUAGUGAUCAAACCAAGCUGGAUGGGAAAUCAUCUCCAACUGUGCAGAAGAUGACAGCAGAAAGUCGUGGCCAAUUGUUAGGGGAAAGGCCUUUGGAACGAAGUUCAAGAGAUUCAAGCUCGUCUAUUGCUUCUGAAAAUGUUGUUCAUCUCCAAUUUAAUCUUUCAGAUACAUUUACUGCAUCUGCAUCUGCAUCAUUUAGUGGGUUACCAGAAGUUGCAAAACCUUUCAAAGAUGAUCCUGCACAGCAAGAAAGAUUUGAGCAGUUUCUUAAGGAAAAGUAUCAAGGAGGGCUACGCACUACAGAUUCUGGUGGAGCUACAAAUAUGUCAGAGGCAGCUCGUGCUCGCGAGAGACUGGAUUUUGAGGCCGCAGCUGAGGCAUUACAGAAAGGGAAAAGUGGUGAGGAGAGCUUGCUCACUACACAGCAGUUUGUGGGGUUUCCAGCUACGGGAGGGUUGCAGUUCACUUCUGGUGGAACAGAGCAAGUUAAAGAUGCACAAGCUGAAGAUUUAACAACUAAGAAGAUGUAUCCAAGAAGGGAAGAGUUUCAAUGGCGUCCUUCACCUAUUCUCUGCAAGCGCUUUGAUCUCAUUGAUCCUUAUAUGGGGAAGCCACCAUCAGCUCCACGGAUGAGAAGCAAGGUGGAUUCUCUCAUCUUCAUGUCAGACUCUAUGGAACCCACAAAAUCUGAACAAUCUGUUAAAAAUCUGUAUUCUGUGCCUCAAUCUGAUGCUCCAGAAGUUAGCAAAGGUGUAGCUGACAAAGAUACUGAAGUUGAGGUAGAAGUUGAAAAUGUUGAGAGGCCAGUUGACCUCUACAAGGCUAUCUUCUCCGAUGACUCUGAUGAUGAAGCAGAAACAGUUAAUCCCAACAAAGUGGAGUAUCCAGAAAAGAAGAUUGAAGUGGCUAAUACAGCAUUAAACCAUUUGAUAGCCAGUGACUUCUUAGAAUCUUUGGGAAAAGAACUAGGCUUGGAGGUUCCCCCUGAGUUACCCUAUUCUACAAGCAAAGCCAGGACUCAUGCUCCUGAGAAAGAAGCUGCUGAUGCUAAUGCUGGAAAAGCUAGUAUCCUGUCUACUGAAAAGAAGCCUUCUAUGUCAAAUGUUGUUAGUGGAACUUCCAUUGACCAAGGGGUGCCAGAUCAGCGAGGCGCUGCUCAAGAGGGUGAAACCUUAAAAAAUGAAUCCACUCCUGGUAACCCUUUUAAUAGUGGUGGCAAAUAUACAGAUACAGAGACUGGUUUGUCUGGAUAUAAACCUGGCAAAGUUAACUGGGAAAAGACCAAGGAAAAUGUUAAAUCUAAGUCGCCGUCUAGGCGUCAUCGAAAUUGGGGCAGUGAUUCUUCAGAAGAUGAAAGGAGUAGUAAACGAUCUAGAAGACAACGGUAUAGAAGCAAUGACUCGUAUAGUGAUUCAUCUGGUGACCAUCGAGAUAGGCACCAUUCUAGGUCAAGAAGGAGAAAGAAAGAAUCCUCUCGAGAAAAGAGUAGUAGCAGAAGAAAACAUCAUAAGCAUAGUGGGAGAGACUCUCCCAGCAGAUCACGUUGCAGUACUGAGAAGGAACAUUCUGAAGGCAAGAAGGAAAAAAAGAAAUGGAGGGAUUGAACCGAGCGGUCUUAUUAUAAUUCAAAUUGAAGCAGCCAAAGAAAGAGUUUGGAAUGAAUUAUCAUGGACAAGGCAACUCUAAGUUCAAAGACCCUAAUAUGUAAACUUGGGUUCUCCUGCUGAUGUACAGUUGUUUAAGACUCGUCAUCAUCAAGCUUUGUCCUUCGUAGAGGUAAUUUGCAUGCCUUCAAUUAUUUUGUUGCAACGUUACAAAGCUGUAGGUUUUAAACAUAAAGCAAGCCAUUGUUUACUUAUUUUUAAUAUUUGAAGUUCCUUUUGAUACAAUGCCCACAGAUUUACUUCAAAACAUCAAAUUUUUGAACAUUACCUCUUAAUGCAUAAAUACAAAAUUCAAAGUAUUGAUGAUGCAGU